ACGCCUGUUUGGAAGAGAUAAAAAGAAAACCAAAAUUAAAACAAACCCAAAACAAACCGCAAAAAUGGGCAAAGCCUCAUCAUCGCCACCGCUCCCGGCGGCGGACUUAUCACCGGAGAUCACCAAACGCAAGAAGAAAAAAGGCCGGCCUUCGUUCGCCGAUCUCCAGAAACGCAAUCAAUCAAAACAAGAACAAAAGAGCCUCUCUUUAUCAUCUAGCCCUAAUUCCAGCCGCCGAUCCACUCGCCGGAAUCCUUCGCCGGAGCUCGGGGACGACGAUGACGACGAGCGCAAGGAGAAGAAAGUCAAGCUCGUUGUGCGCUUGCCGCAAUCGACUUAUCAGCAGCACAACGAACAACAUUUCGAUAAUUUGGCGCGCUCGACGUCGUCGUUUAGCGAAGAGGAAGAAGAAGACGGCGAGAAUAUCGAGGCGGUGGUGAAGAAACGGAAGAUCAAUGCGGUGACUGAUAGAUCUGGCGAUAAUGAUCAGGAGGAAAAGGUUUUGAAAGCGACAGACCCUCCAAAUGGGUCACCAUUGGGAUCUGGACCCACAACAACACCUUUGCCUGACAAAAAGUUGUUGGUCUUCAUUCUAGACAGACUUCAAAAGAAGGACACUUAUGGUGUAUUCUCUGAGCCUGUUGAUCCCAAUGAGCUUCCUGAUUACCAUGAAAUUAUCAAGAAUCCUAUGGAUUUUGGCACACUGAGGAGGAAACUUGAUGCAGGAUCGUACUUAAACCUGGAACAAAUGGAGGCAGAUGUGUUAUUGAUUUGUUCAAAUGCAAUGCAGUAUAACUCAUCGGAUACUGUCUACUUCCGGCAGGCACGGUCCAUUCAAGAGCUGGCUAAACGUGACUUUGAGAAUUUGAGGCAUGAAGGGGAUGAUGGUGAACUGCGACCGAAAGUUGUAAGGAGGGGCAGGCCACCAAGUAAACACCUGAAAAAGCCUCCUAUUAGCACAUCUGUUGAUCGCUUUGCUCCUGAGAUCUCCUCAGGUGCAGCUCUUGCAACUGCAGAACCCACAAAUGGUUCUGGUGCUUAUAAUUUAAGAAGAGCGCCUGCGUCAUAUAAGUUUCAGACAACUGAUGGCUCCUCCCACCGAUCCCGUAAUGGCGAAAACUACUCUGAGUGGUUGGCCGACUGGAAUGAUGAAUUUCCAGCGUCGAUUUUAAGAGCGGACAUGAAAUACGGGAAGAGACUGGUUUUGAUUGACGAGACCAGGCGUGAGACAUACAAGCAGUUUCACCCUUCAGCUUUUGGCCACGAGCCAUCUUCAUUGUCUGAUCUUGUAGGGGAUACAAAACAGUUAAUGCCGAUAGGUUUGCAUGUGGAGCAUAGUUAUGCAAGAAGCCUGGCUCGUUUUGCAGCAAAUCUUGGGCCAGUUGCAUGGAAAAUCGCUUCCAAAAAGCUAGGAAGUGUUUUGCCCCCCGGAAUGAAGUUUGGACGUGGUUAUGUUGGAGAAAAUGAUGCAUCAUAUCAAUCACCUUUUUUCUCAUUUGAUAAACAGCAACCUCUAUCUAGUCCAGCGUUUGAUGGAAAUAAAGGCAGACCAGUUACUCCACCUACAUUAGGUGCGAAUCCAGUAAUGACAACUGGGUUUCAAGACAAAAACAAUUUGGUAGAAGUAGACAGAAGAAUAAGUUCCCAGAAUAAUUUGGCUUUACUGCAGGGUACUCCAGUUUCAGGAAUAAGACCUGGACAGGGCGUCCUUACUCCAAAUAAAACUGCAUCUCAGGCCGAGAGGAAUGGCUUCAAUAGUGUAUUUGGGUACAGUUUUCCAUCCCAAAUGGGAUUGGUGAGACCCGGCAUGCUAUCUGCCCAUUCUGGUCCAGAAGAAGCUUCAUCGGCUUCACAGCUACCAAGCAUGGUCCCUAUAUGUGACUCGACAUCUACUCCUAUCACUUCAGCAAACAAUGUAGAUACUGCAGAACAGAAAGGCUCAGAAGAUUCAAGGACAUUAAAUUCUGGUUUCCCAGUGGCCCCCAGUACUGGAUCUGAUCAAUACACUGUAGCUGAUGGGAACUCAUCGUGGCAAGCAGUAGCCUCACACCCAAGACAAUAUUCUCUACCAGUACAGCCUGACCUUAAUGUCAAACUCCAAGCACCGAGCUCACCAAGUUCCGGGUUGAGGAUUGGAUCGCCCCAGCAGCCAGAUCUUGCAUUGCAGCUAUGACAUGUAUAUUUAUCGCAGCAUUGGAGCUAUGUACUUCACAUGGACAAACACUGACGUAUUGUAGCCAUAUCUAGCAUAAAAGCUUCAGGUCAUAAAGAAUUAGGUCGAGGCACUUUCAGGCUGUUCGAAAAAGUUGACAUGCGAAAUACCCACCCUAGCUUAAAAUUUUAUAAGAUUAUUAAGCAGCGGCCUAGUGCUGCUGCAGAUUGUAGGGAGAGAAGGAAUUCUCUAUAGAGAUUGUAGCCAUUUUUUAGGUGUAAUUCUAGGAAUAUUUCCUGUAACAUUUGUUAUAACUUGUUAAUUUUAUAGAAGGAAAAAAAGAUGUUGCAUGAUA